UUGAACGGACGUGUGUCGCGCGCUGUCGCUGUAAUUUUCGAAUUUGUUGUAAAUUUUGUUGUAAAACAAGCGUCGCGUCUUCGUUGAUUGCAAUUGCAUGAAAACAAAUCAAAUCAAACAUGUGAAGUGAUGCUAGCGCAUAGAGAAAUGUCUAUAAAUUAAUUGAGGCACACACACACAGAAUAAAUAAAAACCAACUUUUUUUGGUCGCGUGAAUUUUUCGGGCGGCUUGUGAGCGCGCGUGUCACGGCCGCUUUAACGAGAUUUUGUUGUGUUUUUUGCGGAUAAAUUUCGGAUAACAAAAAGAAAAUAAGUAAAAUGUUUAUCAAAUGAGCCGCAUUGCAUUGUUUACAACAAUUUCACCAACAGAGUAAAGUGCGUGUGUGUGCGUAUUCUGUGUUUAUUGUUGUUGUGAGAGUGUAUUAAAUUUACGCAAAUUUUCACAAUUGGCGACAACAACAAAUGGAACAUGCUGCUGCCUUUGUUGGAAUACAACAAACACAUUGCCAAAAUACCAAAUUGCAAAAUGAGGUCAUCGCUUAGAGCCUGCAACAUGAUGUUGCUACUAUUGUUGCUGCUGCUGCUCGGCCAUAGCAGCGACAUUGCUCAGGCGCUGGAUACAGCAGCGAACAACAACAGCAGCAGCAACGCCGGUGGCGCCUCCAACUCAGCAGCAGCAGCAGCAGCUGGUGCUGCAAGCGGCGGUGGCGGCGGCGGCAUCGCGGGCUUGGCUACGGGCGUAGCAUUGCCGGCUGCUGGCAAUCUGACGGAACUGGGCAGUCCCGUUUUUCGCCAGUUUGAGUGUGCAACAUGCAACAUGCGGGUGUUGGCACUGGGGCCCUCUUGAUUGAUUCGCAGCAGCAGCAGCUGGUCAACAAUUUAGUUUUGGAAACAACAUCUUUUCAACAAGCAAGUGGUGGUUGCUGCCACAUGCGGGCAUUAGACGUUGGCUCAUCAAUCAACAACAACAGCAACACGAGCGAGUCGUAUAUAUAGUACAAAUAUUGUUAAUAAACGAAAUGUUAUGUUAGCUUGUGCAUAACAAAGCUGUAAAUUUAAUUAGUCGUUGUGUAAAGCUGUUAAUUGUUAAUAAUUUCUAUUUAAAUUUUUGUUAAUUGCA